AUGAAUAAAGUGGCGGGGGCAGCAAACAACAAUGGAAAUGGGGCACGAGAACCCGCCCCGAUCCGACGCGACGUGGGAUCGCCGUUGCUCGAUUGGGAGGAAGGCGAUCAUUUCAGCUUUGAAGAUUCCGAACGAUUCGAAGAAGACUCGCUUUGUAGCUGGAGUUCAGAACCAGAGAGCCUGUGUAACAAUUGGCGCGGAUGGAAGAGGCCUGUUGUAGUCAACUCUUACAACAAUCGUUCCGGAAAAAAGACCACUUCAGAAAAUAAAAACCUUUUAACAUUAAGUGAGUUAGCAGCAAAGUGUGUGGCCUGCUAUAUACCUUUUGAACUUGUUGAACAUGUGUAUCCACCUGUACCAGAACAGCUACAGCUUCAAAUAGCUUUUUGGAGUUUCCCUGACAGUGAAGAUGACAUCCGCCUAUAUUCAUGUCUUGCAAAUGGAUCUUGUGAUGAGUAUCAAAAAGGAGAACAAAUAUUCAAAGACCAGUCAGUUAAAGACGCCUUACAAAUUGGAUUCCAUUUAUCUGCUACAAUUUCUAUGACUUUGUCUAGAGAUCAAUUUAAUGUAGCAGUGACAUUUGAUAGACAAAGGAUUUCCUCUUGUAAUUGCACGUGUUCAUCAUCAGCACAUUGGUGUUCUCAUGUUGUUGCUGUGUGUCUCUACAGAAUACAUUGUCCAACACAAGUAUGUGUUAGAGCACCAGUUUCAGAAUCAUUGCAAAGACUACGAAGAGAUCAACUACAGAAAUUCGCUCAAUAUCUCAUAGCAGAAUUACCAAGACAAAUACUACCAACUGCUCAACGGAUACUUGACGAGUUGCUGUCAGCCCAACCUAACAAAAUUAAUUCAACUUGUGGAGCUCCCGAUCCAACCGCUGGGGCUUCUACUUAUGAAUACACACCAUGGUUCCUAGAUGAAAAGACUUUGCAUAACAGCAUCAAUAAGAUAUUAGUGAAGUUUUGUGUGCCAGCUCCAAUUGUCUUCAGUGACGUGAACUACUUGAGCACAUGUGCGCCUCCCGCUGCGGCAGAAUGGUCAUCUCUCCUGCGACCCCUGAGAGGACGAGAGCCGGAGGGCAUGUGGAACCUCCUCUCCAUAGUUCGGGAGAUGUUCAAACGGAACGACAGGAAUGCCAUACCACUUUUAGAGAUUAUCACCGAAGAGAUUAUGGCUUGCGAACAGAUAAUAGUGUGGUGGUACAACACAAAGGCCGCCUUGGUCGCUUGGGGAGGGGGAACUGGUGGGGGCAAACAUGGAGGCGGUGGUUGCAACUCGGCCGCCCAACACGCAUGUUCAUCAUUGUGCGACGAGAUGGUGGUGUUAUGGCGUCUCGCCGCCCUGAAUCCCGCUCUGGCUCCUCACGAGCGUGACACUCUGCACGAGAAACUGGCGCAAUGGCACUCGAAGGUAUUGGAGAAGGUGGCGAAGAACCGAAACAACAACCACUUGGGCACGUCGUCGCACCAGAGGCAGACGCGGGCGCACAACCACCCGCCGUACAUAAACGGCAUCAGCGAGGAGGAGGUGUUCCCCGGCUUCCACCCGGCGAUGGAGGCGUGCUUCCUCGAGUGGGACGAUUACCAGAUCCCGGGGGUGACAUACACCAAGUCGCGUCUGAUCUUCCAUAGCCCCUUCACCGUUUUCCGCCAAGCCAAGGGAGACAACGUCCAUCAGGUGAACUCAUCAAAGCUGGUGUUGGAUAAUGAUAUGUUCAAAUCGAGCAACGGUGUACCAUCACUGAGCUUCCGUCUGGCGCCUACCAUACGAGGAUUUCGCGGUAGGGGCCAGUCGAACCUAAUCUUCGUCCCCAAUUCUAACCAGCUGCCACGCUCUGGCGGUGCGCCUGGAGAGCCGGGACGAGACAAUGAACCCAACGAUGGCAAUCGUUCCAGCGUGUCAUCUGAAGGGUUCUGCGAGAACGAGGAGGAGUUGCUGCCCGCGAGCGUGGCGGGCGACACCGACUCGCAGGGCUCGAGCUCGCCGCCCGCCUCGGAGGACGCGCGCCGGCGCGCCUCCAACGACGAGUCCGUCUCGGACGACGAGUGCCACCUCUACUACUACGACACGGCGGCCGCGCGCCGCGCACAGGCCGACGCGGGCGCCCCCUCCGCCGCGCCCCCCCAGGGGCCCCCGUCGAGCGGGGCGAGCGCGGGCGUGGACUGGGGCUGCGGCUGGGAGGUGUCGUUCGCGCGCGCGGAGGGCCUCCACGCGCACGGACACGCGCGCGAGGCGAGCACGCUCGGCGCCAACCUGGCGCGCGAGCUGCUCGCCAGACCGCCGGCUCUGGGCCUGGGCAGCGGCGCGGGCUCCAGCAGCGCUGCAGCCGCGGCGGAAGCGCGCCGCCUCCGCCGCCGCCACCUGCCGUCGCCCCGCCUCUGCGCCGCCAGCCACCGCAUCUCCUGCCUCGCCUCGGCCACCCUGGCCAAGUGCGCCUUCCUCUGCACCGUGUUGGGCGAAUUCAGUGAGCAUCAUGAACUGGCUUUCAGAGUUGGCUUGUACGCCCUUGAGAUGUCACGACCACCGGCCAGUACAAAAGCCCUAGAGGUGAAACUGAACAAUCAGGAAACCGAAUUGGUUGCGCUGUUGAAGAAGAUACCCGUUGGCGAUGAGGAGCUCGCCUUAGCCAGAGUGAAAGCGGAGCAAAUAAGUGAUGGCACUUUAAAAAAUCGGGGACCUGCUCUUUUGCCCAUCUCCCUAGCCAGUUUCCUGUUUGAUGUUCUAGUUCCAUCCACAUCCGAGAGGGAUCCUAAAAAUCCAGCGAGGCUAUCUAGCGACGAAACGUUGGGUUUUGAAGCAGCCGUAGUCGCUUUAGGGCUAAAAGCGAACGUGUCUGAGGCAGACCACCCUUUGCUGUGUGAAGGCACACGGCGGCAACGCGGCGAGCUAGCUAUCACACUUUUGUCAUUCUAUAAAGACGAUCCCGUAAAGCUGGCGAGGAUUAUGAAUCAGUUGUUAGAUCGCGAUAUUCACCAACUGACCAAAAGUCCGAUGGUGAGCAUGUACUACACGAACAACCCGCGUCUCAGCUCUUACCGCUCAGAUGCCGGCAGCUCCCAACAUCAUGAAACUCAGAACACGCACGACCCACAUGCACCCUCGCCGCUUGUUCCGCAUGCUGCGCAAAAUGCGCACGCCGACUACCCUGCGCAUGGGCAGCAGGUUCCACGUCCAGACUACGCAGCGCAUGCUCAGAACUGGGUACACCCGGACUACGCGGCGCAUGCUCCGCAAUUGAUUACGCAGCUCACGCACAACACGCCGUGCAUGCUCAACAUGCUGCGCACGCGCAACUUGCAGCGCACGUUCAACACGCUGCGCAUGCUCAGCAGGCCGUGCACGCUCAGCAAGCUGCGCACGCUCAGCAGGCUGUGCACGCUCAGCAAGCCGUUCACGCUCAGCAGGCCGCGCAAGCCGUUCACGCUCAGCAGGCCGUGCACGCUCAGCAGGCCGUGCACGCUCAGCAGGCCGUGCACGCUCAGCAGGCCGUGCACGUUCAACAGGCCGCCCCCGCACAGCAGGCCGCACACGCACAGCAAGCCUCGCAGGCACAUCAGGCCGUGCACGCACAGCAGGUGGCGCACGCCCAGCAGGCCGUGCAUGCACAGCAGGCCGCGCACGCACAACAAGCUGCGCACGCUCAGCAGGCUGCGCACGCUCAGCAGGCUGCGCACGCUCAGCAGGCUGCGCACGCUCAGCAGGCUGCGCACGCUCAGCAGGCUGCGCACGCUCAGCAGGCUGCGCACGCUCAGCAGGCUGCGCACGCUCAGCAGGCCGCACAUGCUCAGCACGCUGCGCACGCUCAGCAAGCCGCGCACGCUCAGCAUGCCGCGCACGUUCAGCACGCUGCGCACGCUCAGCAUGCCCAGAAUCCCGUGCACGCCCAACACG